CCACCCACCUCGAACGCAGCGGCUUGGGCGCAUGCGCUUAGAGUUUAGCCUGCCGUUUUCCGGUGAAAAGUGGUAUUUCCAAGAGGAGGGGGUCGUCCACUUGCCCGGAAGUGGUCCCGGCUGAGAAGGCGAACGGAGUGGCGGUGAGAUUGUCGGGACAGAGUGGCGUUAGGCCUAGUCCGGUCGCGCAGCUAGGCGUGAAGCGAGAAGGGAAAAAGAUCCCCCACGGUUGGCCGUCUCACUACAAAUCAGAUGACUUCAUUCAGUUUUGUCAGUUACUGAAGGAUGAGGCAUUUGGCCACCAGAGAUGGAAUUCGGUUGAAAUGAGAACAGUAAAACUACAAGAGGACAGAAGAAUUAAAAGCCAACAGCUUCUCCUGUCUCAAUAAAAGAAAGAUCUAUGUCUUCUCAUUCACAGGUUAAGGCUCCCUUUCCAGAUAAUCCCAACAGCUAAGUCACCGGUUUCCAAGGGCACUUGCACCACCUGUGGAAAACAUCGGAUCUGUGUGCACCAGAUGUCCUCGACAACUCAUCCCACCACCCGUCUGCACAUAAUCUGCCGCAGCAGCAGACUCUGAAGGCAACCACUGAGUUUCUUCUUAUUGCCAAGUAGAUACAAUACCCUGGCAAUAAAACAGAGGACACGAGUGUCUCUUCACAGUAUCACGGCCAAUUGAAACCACACUAAGAAAACCAGUUUGCCUAGAUGAGGACCCUUUCUCUUCUUGGGUAGCCAGGAUUUAAAGGAGAAACUCAGACCUGUGCCGAUGGUAAGUGACUAACACUUUUACACACCGAACUGCUCCUGAGAACUGAGAUGCCUUCUUUGUAAGUGAAGAAAAUACAACAUGAUCUCGAAGAACUGCACAGUGGUACAAGCCAGAGGCAUACUGUGCGUGUAACGGACUCAAAAACAGGCAAGUUAAUCUUGUUGAAAGGAUUUUUCAUCUUUUGUUUAUGUUCCCCAGUGUUAGUCAUUGUUUUGCUGGCUUAAAUUGUUAACCUUUCUCUGGUUCCUUCUCCUGUUCUGUUCUAAUGGGUCCCAGAAAUCCCUCUCCUGACCCCUUGUCAGAAUCGGAAAGUGAGGAAGAAGAAAAUGCUAACUACCUAAAUGAUAGUUCUGGGGAAGAGUGGGAUUCCUCUGAAGAAGAGGACCCUGUGGUGCCCAACCUGACACCUCUUGAGAGUCUUGCCUGGCAGGUUAAGUGCCUUUUAAAAUACUCAACAACUUGGAAACCCUUAAAUCCCAAUUCCUGGUUAUAUCAUGCUAAACUCUUAGAUCCAAGCACACCGGUCCAUAUACUUCGGGAGAUAGGUCUGAGGCUCUCCCAUUGCUCCCACUGUGUGCCCAAACUGGAACCAAUCCCUGAAUGGCCACCCCUGGCUUCUUGUGGAGUCCCACCUUUUCAGAAGCCCCUGACAAGUCCCAGCCGGCUCUCCAGAGACCAUGCCACUCUGAACGGAGCGCUGCAGUUUGCCACCAAACAGUUAAGCCGAACCUUGAGUAGAGCCACUCCCAUAACUGAAUACCUAAAACAGAUCCCUAAUUCGUGUGUCUCUGGUUGUUGCUGUGGCUGGUUAACCAAAACGGUUAAGGAAACAACCCGCACUGAACCAAUCAACACUACUUACUCUUACACUGACUUCCAGAAGGCAGUUAACAAACUCUUAACUGCAUCACUAUAAAACCCACCAUUUGUUCUGAUAUCUCUUGUGUUGCUAAUUGAGAAAGCAGUACAAAGUUACACAGCCCAGAGCUGCGAAAGGAAUGCCUCCUCCACCAAACUGCCCUAACGGGCCAGUAUACCAAGCAAGUACUGGAUAUAUGUCCAAGAGGCCCAUAGCUCAGCUGCAGAGAAUGUGCAUCACGACUUUCCCUUUGAUAGAUCCUGUGGAUAAAAUGAGAACUUUAAUGGAGAAUUAGUCAAAAGGUACCAUAUUGCAAAAGAUAAAUUAUUCUCUGCAUUGUGUUCUCCACCCCCUCCCAAUUUACUCCACCUAUCUGAAUGGAUUCCAACUAGAUACCUAAUUAUCAACGGGAAGGAAAAGGUAGGCUACUACCCCUUUUGUUACCCAUCCUUCACAACAGCUACAGUAGAAAGUGGAAAGUCAGCUACUCCCAACCACACCUGCCUAAGCAUAGUCUUCUCGGGCAUGCAUUUUUAGGGAGGUAGUGGAAUUAAAUUCAUUAACUAGGCAAAAGAAAAUGGUGGGAAUAGGAUGCGUCUCCUAGCUUUUAUACGGAUAGGUCUGCGUGUGGCACACUUUAGGGGUUCCUAUUUUGGGGGAGGGAGUGCAGUUUCAAACCUGUAGUCUAAUGCUCCAGACCUAUCACAGUACCUGUGAUUACAGCAUAAACAUUUUAUAAGUUCCCAUCAGGCUCUCUCUAAUUAAGCUGACCUGUACGAUGGUACCUGGGGAUUAAACAGACACCUUUUCCAUAGGGAAUAUAUUUCCUGCAUCUUAGCACUCAGACUUCAGUCGAGAGGAAAUAAAACACAUUCCAACAGACCAAAGGGAAAGGAUUAUUAAGAGAGCGUUUAUAUUUUCAAUACUAACUGCUAAAGGAUUAAAGUCUUUCGGUCUGUUUCCUAGAGCAGUACUUCAUGCACUUGCCUGAUCCACUGCAAACUUUCCAGGAUCACGUCUAACUUUAAAGAACCUUACUACAGAAAACCUCAGCCUAAUACAAUCUGAAGUCAGUUUUUUAGUAUCACUUUUUUUCUACAUAGCUUAGCUUUUAGCUAUAUCUGAACAAGUAUAUGUACUGUUGUAAAUGAAUCUUGCAGUGUUUAGUUGAGUCAAAAUGUAGAAGUCGACAUAAAAUGCAUGAGACCAUUAGAUCUUUUCACACACCUUCAGUAAAGAGUGAAACCUGUGUAUGAUCCUGGCUAACAGGGCAUCUAAAGGAUGCAGAAAAUAUUGUUAAAGAUAUAUUAUACACCCCCUUUAGUUUUGCUUUUUUCCUCUUCUCCAUUACUAAGUGCUAUGUACAAUGUGGCAUCAAAAAUUAAAGCAUUAAUAGAAUCACAAAUUUUAAAAUGCGUAGCAACUUUAAGAAGAGAGAAGAAUGUUUAUAACCUAAUGAGUAUUUCUGCUGAGCCUUAGUUUUCUUAAGGGAAAAACAAGGAGGGGAUUGUAGUAGGUAGAAAAAAUAUCUGUUAGUAGAGAGUUACUGAACUGAAACAUACUAUACUGUUAGUAUAAUUGAAUGUGUCAGAAACUGUUUCUAUGUAGCUGUUUUCUGUGAAACUGGUUUUUAAAAUGUUACACCUGUUUCUUUUAAGGGGGAGGUGGGAAAGAUAAGGUCUAAAAAAUUAAAAUAUGUCGAUGUUUAUGUAACCAUAAUAUGUUCCUUUUUCUGUGUAUGUGUGCACGAGUGUGUGCACGCAUUUAUGUGUGUAAAAAUGCCUUCCUCAUAAACGCAUUUUUCCUAUUUACUCCUAAAGGAAGCCUUUCCCCAGCUUUGCAGCUGAAUAAACCAACAGCUUUGUACAUGCUGAA